AUGCAUUUGUGGCAGGCCACUCUUCCUUUCUGUCUGCUGGCUUCAGCUGCUCUGCCCGUUGCGGCCGCAUCGGCUUGGGGCUUUGCUGAUGCCACCGUGGCAGUUCAACCUAAAGGCGCUGGGAUCAACGGCGGAUUCAAGGAACAGUUCACUUCGUCCAAGCCACUAUCAAAACCUGUUGCAUUCGCCGGCAGCGAUACUUUGCGCGUCAUCUUGACUGCUCAGGAAGGAAGCUCUGCGAAGCGACCACACCAAGCAUUCCUCCUGCUGAAGGACACCCAGAGUGGGCUGGAUGUCUCCUACCCUUUCAUGGUCAAGGAGAAUGGCAAGUCGAGAGUAGAGCUAACCCAGAAGGAGCUCCCGGUCCAAUUCCUCUCCCUCGCCGAACCCCUCGAUGCCCGUGUAGUGAUUGGAUCCUUUGGUAGCUCCGAGGCCUAUGACAGCUCCGUCUUCAAGCUGUCGGUCGAGCGGGACCCCAACGUGCCCCUUCCGACCGUGGAGACUGCGCGUUUCGGCAAGCAGCCCGAGAUCCACCACAUCUUCAAGGACUCUCCCUCCAACCCACCGAUUAUCAUCACCCUGGCUUUCGUCGCUGCGGUUGGUGCUACUCUCCCGGUUCUAGCUGGCCUGUGGCUCUUCCUCGGCGCCAACCUCAGUCACCUCCCCACCGCGCUCAAGUCUGCUCCUCUGCCCCACAUCAUCUUCCUGGGAUCUUUGUUUGCUUUUGAGGGUGUCUUCUUCCUCUACUAUACCUCUUGGAACCUGUUCCAGCUCCUGCCCGCUGCAGCUGUGGUUGGCGUGGUCGCAUUUGUGAGUGGUAGCCGCGCCUUGGGUGAGGUGCAGGGUCGCCGCCUGGCUGGCCUCCGGUAA